AUGAUUUCUGCACUCAUUUUGGCUCAUCAUAUAAAUUCAUUAUUUUGUCUUUCCAUCGGUGUUUCAUUAAAUAUUCUUUUAAUUUGGCUUAUUUUUAAACAAACCCCAAAAGAAAAACAAAUUUAUAGCCAAAUAUUAUUGCAAACAUGUAUUAUAGAUAUUCUUUUAUUAAUUAUGGGAGAGUUAGUCCAACCGAUAUUUUUUGUUCAAAAUGGAGUUGCUAAAGAUAUAAUGAUUGGACAAUUAAGUUUUUUGCCCAACCCUUUUUAUCAUUUUGUUUUUAUUGUUUGGUUUAUAAUAUUUUAUUUUUCACUGAUUGGACUUGGAAUUCAAUUUAUAUACAGAUAUUUAAUUCUUUGCAAGUAA